AUGCUCGAUGUUGGAACCAAGGUGCCACUUGGACUGGCAUUAGUUAAAAGCAUUGAAUGUUCGUGCUUUGUAUCCAGUUCUCCAAUGCUCAACUCUGGCAAAGACUUAGAAGAUUUCACACCAAUGUUGUCACUCACACCUGGUACUACUUCUGGCUUCAGUAGCUUUUUUGCUAUUCGAAGGAUCUGUGGAGGAGACAAACCGUUCCUUGCACCAAAUGACCUCCAGAGCAAACACUUGGGACUCCGAGAAGAAGCUGUCAAAUUAUUCCGUGGAGUUAAGAAGAUGGGAGGAGAGGAGUUCAGUCGCCGCUAUUUGCAACAAUUGGAAAAUGAAAUUGAUGAGUUGUACAUAAACUACAUAAAACACAACGAUAGUAAAAACAUCUUCCAUGCUGCCCGUACACCAGCCACUCUAUUUGUGGUAAUAUUUAUUAUGUAUGUCAUAGCUGGCGUGACAGGAUUUAUUGGAGUGGACAUUAUAGCCAGUCUGUGCAACAUGAUAAUGGGGCUGGCUCUGAUCACCCUGUGCACUUGGGCAUAUAUUAGAUACUCUGGAGAAUACAGAGAACUUGGAGCGGUCAUCGACCAAGUAGCAGGCGCCUUAUGGGACCAGGCUCUUUUCAAGCUAUAUGAUGCAGCUACAAGCCACAGACACAUUUAUCACCACACCUUCCCUGCAGCACAACCAGAAAGCAACGCAGACACCAAGAAGAAAAAAUGAUUUGACUGGAUUCCUCUGCUGCACAUUCCCAAGGGAAAUCUUCCAUUAUUAUUGUGCAUUCCCAUGCCACUAAUCCAAGAAGUGCUAUAUAAAUGGAAAGCCAAUGAUAUGAUAGCUUGUAACUGAAUGAAAUCAUGUACCAACACUGAACACUGUGCUGGUUUCACUUAUAGUUAUGUUGCAAAUUGUAUUGUGAAAAUGUGCUAGUUUGCAUGAUUUUGUUAACUGUUGGUAUGAGUCAAAUGUUCUUCCAUCAAGAAUGUACACUUAAUGAUUUUUCAUCACUUUAAAGUACUUCUGGUACCUGGUAUUUUGUUUUUUUUCAAUGGAACAUUUGUCUUCCGUAAGAACUUUAAUUUUCAGUGUAAGCACUGCACACUUAAAACAUUUACUAUUUAUUGAAUGUUAAAACCUGUUUUGGAACUCAAUUUCUUUAUUGUCUUAAGAUUGCAAUAUAGUAUAUGUUUAAAAAAACAUUUUUGCUCAUGGCUACAGCAAAAUGUUUCCACACAAGAAAAAUAAAUUUGUUUUAUUACUUUAUGUCAGCUCAUCUUAACAAAUCAUUGUGUCCUGAUAAAAUAUUUAAGUCGACUUUAAAUGCAACAUUUACUUUAGUUUAAGACCAAAAAUAGCAGCCAGCAAGACCAGAUUGAUAUGUUACCAUUACUUUUAGUAAAAGAGCACAAAUACAUCACAUACAAUAUCUAAAUUAAUUAGCUGCUGAAUUCUAUUCUGUUUCUGUUUUCAUUCUGUAAAUAACAGUUCCUCUGCACAAAUGUAACCAUGAAUUUCCACACAGCGGGUUGUUUCUUAUCAUGGAAAAUAAUUCAAAUAAUCAGUCAGAUGUCAAAAAGUAAAGGAAUUUAUGAAAUGGGGAAAAACAGUCCAUAAAAAAGAAGUUUCUGAAAUUCAUAUAAAUUUUACCCUUCACUCCACCAAAAGCAAUUUUAACUUGUGGUAAUACAAGUAUACUUGUCCAGGUAUACAGGAAAUCAAAAUUGAAGAACAAUCUCCAGGUAAAGCUGUUACUUUCUGGUCUGUUGAGUGCUACCAAAAAUCUUUGUAGACUUCAUUGAUAUUGGCCAAUCAUUAAGGCAAGCAGAUCUUUACCAAUAGGAAAUAUGAAAGUUAAAUAUUUCAUCAGAUAAAGCUCAUAAGGCCCUUUACCCAAGUACAAAUAAUAAAAAAGCCCUGCACAUUUGUGAAAACUCAACUGUGUUGAACAUUAAAUGUGAUUCUCUAAUUGGAAAACAUUUGGUAAGUAACAUUGAUUGUGCCAAGAGUGAUGCCGUCAAUCAGUGUAGGAUUGUCAGUCAGGUUUGUAGUGUGGCACAUUUGCACAUAGAGGAAGGUGCAUAUUUUGUUACACCCCCCUAUUUUUCGGAGAGAUAAUGUAUUAAACAGGCGACAACUGAUCUCUGGUUCAUUUCUUACAGCAAUGCUUUGAUUAAUCAUAGUCAACCCAUUGUGGUUUAAAACGUUUAAAAAAAAAAAUGCUUAGCAGUUAACUGUCAAUCAUCAUCUAACUGUGCAUUUGCCAUGGCAAUACCACUGCCAAAUCCACUUGUUAAUCAAUCAGGACUCUCAUUUACACAGUGACAAUGUUGUUUUGCCUUUUAUAUUUGUAUUUCUUGCAAAUUACCCUGAAUAGUACAAGAUGAAAGCUUCAAAAAAGUUAUUUUUCAGCAAUACUCAAUUUCUGUACUACCAAAGAACUAAUGAAAAAUUACUUUCAGUAUGAAAUCAACUGUCCAUAAUUAAGAGCUUUUUUUUCCAUUCUAUUUAUGAGAUGGUAAACUAAGACAUUGAUUGCUUUAUCAGGGGGUCAAUAAUGCAAGUAAAGGUAAGAUGUUAGGGUAGUUAUUUUGGAAGCAUGAGAUCAGUUAGUCUAAAUGAUAUUAUUCAUGCAAGUCUAAUACUAGAAAUAACUUGUUUGAUAUUUUUAACAUUUCUAUCUUUGCCUCCCUUAUUAGGUUUCUAUCUAUUCAUUUUUGUAUAUUAUUUCUUGUCAUGUUCUGUUUAUUGCUGGAAAGAACAAUUUGUCGAAGCAUUUCAUCUCAGACUCCAGACUGCUAAGACUAUCAAUAAAAAGGACAACAUCAUUGUAAAUAUUUUUUCUAAUUAACCUGUUCAGAGAUGCUUUUACACACCUGUGGAUUUUAAUCCAGAUCUCCUGGCUCAGAGGUAGGGACACUGUCACUGUGCUAAAGGAGCCCAGGGAACAAUAUUGUAUGCUGUAUGAGAUAAGAGUGCUGAUUAAUGACAAGUGGACUCUGAAUGAUAGAAGAUUGCCAUGGAGAAUGCACCAGUUAGAUGAUAACUGACAGUUAACUGUCAAGCUUUGCUUAAAUUUAAACCAGGCAGGUUGCCUUAGAUUGGACAUGGCAUUGUCAUGUAGAAUGAAUGCAAGAUUGACUGUUGCCUGUUUUGUUAAUUGAAAUUGUUGCAGUCUGUGCAUAUGCUCUUUCUGUCUGUAGUUAAAAGGGUCCAGUAUAGUAAUACAUGUAGCGUCCAGUACAUGCAAGUACAUCAUACUGAGGCCCAACUGACAAUCAUUAUAUUGAUUGUCAUUGUAAUAUUAACUGUCAAAUGCCUAUUCCGGCUAAUGUUUCAUUGUAUUACCUUUUCUAGUUCACUUUAUUCAUUCACUGUUACCUUUACUCACAACAAAUUUUUCCUCUUUUGUCAAUUCAACUUUUUCAAAAAUGAUUAAAAAUUGCUGUAGUAACACAGUGGUCAUAGUUACUACAAUGAUUACUAAUAGCAGCAGUUUGGUAUGAAAGGUUCACAUAAUUGGAGGUACAUGUGUGGAAUCCAAUUAAUUUAAAUGUUCUUAAUUAUAAAAAGCAAGUUAACAAAAGCAGAGAUGCCGAAAGCAUGUUAUGGAACAUUCCAUUUUCAAAAUACACAAAACUAAUUUCAAAAUGCUUAAACUCGUAUUUAUAAGUUUAAAAAGGAAGCUUUGCCUCAAUUCAGUACACUAGAUGCAAAUAAUUCACUACAUAUAAUACUAAUUUUAAAAUUGUCGCACAAGGGCUUUCAGUAUAAAGUAGUAGCACUGAUAAAAACUAAGUUAAUUUUAUGGUACCAAAACUGUCUCUCGUUAACACAUGCCAAUUCCUUUAGGUAUGUUUAGAAAUAGAAUCAGGAUUGAAAUAGUUAUAACUCUAUAUUAAUGUUAUUUUAUAUUUUGGGAGCAUUAUAAAGCACAUAUGAACUGUCUGCCUAAUAAAUUAAUUAAUUUUGUCAUUAAUGAUAACAUGCUGCAAAUAUUUGGUUUUCUUAGACAAUGUCACAGUCUAAGUGGCCUCAUCACAUUCACAGGGUUGCAAAUAUUGCAAAUGUGCCAUAAAACUUCAAAGCCUUCUGGAUCAAAGAUUACCACAUCUCUAAAUGUUUACGCUACAAAUUUCAAAAGAUGACAAUUGCACUAAUUUGAUUUUAUCUGUUUAAGUAAAUAUAAAAAUAUUCCCAUCUCUCCUGACAACAGACUGUAUUUAGAGUGUUAUCUGUAAUUCUACCAAACUUAGUUGGCCCCAGUGUUACUUGUUGAUAUUAGUGUGGUCUCAUUCUUUGCACUUUUAUAAAUUUCAGUUUGAAAUGUGCAAGCUGAAAUGUAGUUAAAUUCUAGCAAAUAUUGUCAUGACAGUGCAAACACUGCAAUUUAUUCUUGCCUUAUUGUAACUGUAAAUCAUUUGAUAAAUAAAUACUUAGUGAUAUAGUGA